AUGCAGUAUGCCAUAUAUGUUGGACAGCUUCAUGGUUUGAUGACGGCGAAAGGGCUUGCCAACAUCAUGGAUGACCUGUUCGGAAAUGUUGUUUCCGCUACCCUCCACACUGAUCAAUAUAAAUAUCCUACUGGUUCUGCGAGAGUAAUUUUCUCCAGUAGUGAGAGUUAUUUGAAAGCUAUCAUCACACAAUCGAUAACCAUUCACACCUCAAAAUUCACCAAAACUAUUCAAGUUCAUCCGUAUCUGGGGAAUACUCUUUGUAAUGUAUGUUUAAAGUCUCCUGGAAUAUAUUUUUGCAGAGCACUUCAAUGUUUCAAAUAUUUCUGUCUUAGUUGUUGGAAUGGAUUUCAUCAAAAUGUAACUGAAAAUUUCAGCGAACACAAACCGUUGAAGCGUUAA